UUUACACUUAACUUGUCGUGUUACCCAUUGUUCAUGAGGCACAGGAGCUGGAACUGAGGUCAGGAAAGGUUGAUCUGAGGCGGAACUUUAAUAUAUGUACUGUGACUGUUACUCUGGGUCAGCGAUCAUAAGUCAAUUUGCACGCAUUUAUAAAACUUUGUUAGACUGAAGCACUGUGAACAGGCUCAGCCAAGAUGGUGUUAGCAGACUUAGGUCGCAAGAUAACCUCUGCCCUUAAAUCCCUCAACAAUGCCACUAUUAUCAAUGAGGAUGUUCUCAAUGACCUCCUUAAAGAAAUCUGUGCAGCCUUGCUUGAGUCGGAUGUCAACAUUAGACUUGUGAAACAGUUACGGGAAAAUGUGCGCGCAGCAAUUGAUUUUGACGAGAUGGCUGGUGGCCUUAACAAGCGUCGGAUGAUUCAGACAACAGUGUUCAAGGAACUUGUUAAGUUGGUGGAUCCUGGAACAAAGCCAUAUGUGCCAGUUAAAGGACGUCACAAUGUUAUAAUGUUUGUUGGUCUGCAGGGUUCCGGUAAGACGACAACAUGUACCAAGCUUGCAUACUAUUAUAUGCGAAAGGGUUGGAAGACUUGCCUGGUAUGUGCAGACACCUUCCGAGCUGGUGCUUUUGAUCAGGUGAAACAGAACUGUACUAAAGCUCGCAUACCCUUUUAUGGCAGCUACACAGAAGUUGACCCAGUAGUUAUUGCUAUGGAUGGAGUGGAGCAAUUUAAGAAAGAAGGUUUCGAAAUUAUCAUCAUUGAUACCUCUGGUCGUCAUAAGCAGGAAGAUUCUCUGUUUGAAGAAAUGUUGCAGAUUUCUAAUGUUUGUAAACCUGAAAACAUCAUAUUUGUUAUGGAUGCCAGUAUCGGUCAAGCUUGCGAGUCCCAGGCUCGUGCUUUCAAGGAGAAAGUGGAUGUUGGAUCAGUAAUCAUUACCAAGUUGGAUGGUCAUGCCAAGGGUGGUGGUGCUCUCUCAGCUGUUGCUGCUACACAGUCUCCUAUCAUCUUCAUUGGUACUGGUGAGCAUAUUGACAACUUUGAGGAAUUCAAAACAAAGCCCUUCAUCUCAAAAUUACUGGGUAUGGGAGAUAUCGAAGGACUCAUUGAAAAGGUAAAUGAUUUGAAACUCGAAGACAACGAGGCACUCAUCAAGAAGUUACAGCACGGCCACUUCACCCUCAGAGACAUGUAUGAACAAUUCCAGAAUGUUCGCAAAAUGGGACCCAUGUCACAAAUUAUGGGUAUGUUGCCAGGGUUUAGUACAGACUUCCUGACGAAAGGUGGAGAGCAGGAGAGCAUGGCACGACUCAAGAGGCUAAUGACCAUCAUGGACAGCAUGACUGAUGAAGAACUUGACAGUCUUGACGGAAAUAAAUUCUUCCAAAAGCAGGGUAAUCGCAUAAGUAGAGUUGCAAGAGGUGCAGGGGUGAUGGAAAUUGAAGUGAAAGAUCUGCUCAACCAGUAUGCAAAGUUUGCCCAGAUGGUUAAGAAAAUGGGUGGAAUGAAAGGCCUCUUUAAAGGAGGAGACAUGUCCAAAAAUGUGAACCAAAUGCAGAUGAACCAGCUGAACCAACAGAUGGCCAAGAUGAUGGACCCACGAGUGUUGCAACAGAUGGGAGGUUUCAAGGGGCUCGAGUCCAUGAUGAAGCAGCUUCAGCAAGGCGGUGGACCCAUGGGCAUGGGCAAAAAUCCCUUUAAAUAAUGAACCUUUUGAUACUUUCUUACCACUUCUGAUUUCUGUCAGUUGAUUAUAGCUUUUCAUACUAUGUUUUUCAACUUCAGGAUUUACUUAUAUAGAUGGAAAGGUUCAUCUUAGGAGUAUUGUAGUUUAAGUGUUGUAUUAUAUAUUGAUAAAAACAUUCUCUUAUAGAUAAAAUAUAUUGCUUUGUCUUUGAAAAAUAAAAUUAUUCAUGUAGAACUAUUUUAUUAAUAAACACUAUUUUUGCUUAAUGUGUUAUGAAGAAAUUACAUAUAUUAAUUAUAUUAUAGAUAAUAGUUAUAUUAUAGUUCUAUGUAAGUAUUUCCUGAGAGUAUAUUACUUAUGAAGGUAAAGGAAUUAAAGUUUUUGUAUGAA